CCCACCACGGCACAGCACACCCCCACCAUAUCCUUCCCUUUGUACACCAUCCUCCAAGCAAAGAAUACACUACGAUUCACCAAAAUGUCCGUCUGCAUAAUCUGCACCACGCCGCUCUUCGUAGAAGUCUCGCAUGACUCGGACUCCGAGCAUGAAUCCAGCGGGCCCUCAUCUGGCAAAGCGCGGGCCGCAAGCCCAGAAACCGUGCCCGACGAUGUGCAGUUAAACUGCGGGUGUCACUUCCACUGGGACUGUCUCCUCUCCGCCUACGAAGUAACACAAUGCCCCUCAUGCGGCCAGAACAUCGCCUCAAACGACAACACGCAGAUCCUCGUGAACCUGAACAACGAGGGCGGUCUGCAGCGUGAUCUCGACAUCCUCCCCCUACUCGUCGAGGAAAGCUACCUAAAAGCCUACCCCGAGGACAGAAAGUGCCGCGCAUUCCUCGAGUUCUGCCGCGAAGGCGACUACAAAGCCGUUGUCGCGAUGCUGCAAGACGACGACUCGGACGACUCAGAUGAAGAUGGAGAUGAGGAUAUGCCCGACCACACCGACGAGCAAACGGAUAUGGAUAAACUGCUGCGCUACCAGGAUCCCAUCGGCGAUAUGCAGUCUGGACUCCAUGCGGCGGUGCAUGCGCAGAGCAGGGAGGUCGCGUGGUUGCUGCUGCUGCUGGCGAGUAAUUUGGAUUUGAUGGAGUUUCCGCCGCUGGUGUUUCAGGAGGCGGGUGCGAUGGGGAUUAUGCGCGGGUUGACGGAGGAUAAGGUUGAUAUUAGGAGUUUGCGGGAUGCGCAGGGGAGGACGGCGGAGGAUGUUGCGAAUGAAGUUGGGGGUGUGUGGGUGGGGUGGACGGGGAAUGAGAGGUUGGCGAUUUGAGGGAUGAAGAAAUAACUAGGAAGAGACGUGGGGGUGGGGAGGAAUUUGUGGAAAAAGACGCCUUCUUCGUGAUAGGGAUUCUGCGAAGGAGCUCUUUGGCCCUGUUGACUUGCUACGAACAAAACAUCUGAAUAGAAUGGAACAGAACCACCACGGGUGGGAUAUCAUUCUUGCCUUCACAC